GUGAAGAAACAGUUAGUGAGGAGGAUUCUCCUACUGCCGCUCAAGCCGCGACGAAACGUCAAAAUAGUAGCAGAAAUAUUUGUGUCUUUUAAAGUUGUUAAAGCGCGGCGGGGUACAAAUUUUCAGUUUUUUUGUAGUUUCAAGCGACAAGAGUGGAAGACUAAUAAUUAAAUCUUGCUUGAAGUGUUUCUACAGAUGUAUAUUUUCCUUGUCUAGACCUGUGGACUUGAAAUAAGCUGAAGCUCUUGACAGUUGGAUCAAAAGAAGAAAGGUAGGCCACUAAUGGAAAUGAUUCAUUCUGCCUUAAUUACUGGGGCCAGUCGAGGCAUUGGUCUGGAAUUCGUGAAACAAUUAUUGACGAAUAGCUCUUUGCAAGCCAAAAUCAUCAUUGCGACAUGUCGGUCACCAGAGGAAGCCACGGCUUUGCAGGAGUUGAAAAAAUCCAGCGAGAGAGUUCAUAUUUUGAAAUUAGACGUUACUAAGUUUGACACGUACGAUGAACUUGCGCUCAAUGUUGGAAGCAUUGUUGGCGACAAAGGAUUGACAUUACUCAUAAAUAAUGCUGGUAUUGCAGAGGCAUCCUUAAAAGAUUCUUUAAAGGAUAUCACUCCGGAAAUGUAUUUAUCGACUUUCACUACUAACAGUGUUGCUCCCGUGAUAUUAACACAGGCCCUCUAUCCGUUGUUGAAACAGUCUGCAGAAGCUCAUUCAUCUGAAACAAAAAACGACCUUGGCGUCAGACGGGCCGCUGUAAUAAACAUUUCUUCUGAUUUGGGAUCCAUCGAAUGCGCCGCCGGGCAUAUUCACAGAAGUUUGAGUUAUAAUGAAAGCAAGGCUGCAUUAAACAUGAGCACUCAACUCCUUGCCAAAGAGCUGGCAAGAGAUGGCAUCUUGAUGGAAAGCAUCCACCCUGGAGUCGUUCGAACCGACCUGACCAAAGACGUCGAAGGCGAUUGUCCAAUGAUAGACUCAUCCACAUGUGUAGCGGGGAUCCUUUCGGUUUUAUUGUGCCUCCAAGGAAAGAACAAAGACGGGUUUUUGGAUUACAAAGGCAACGUUUUGCCAUUUUAAUCACAACUUCUGGUCCAGAGAACCCCUCGUUGGUUCUCAAUUCCUCUCUUUCAAUUCAUGUAUUCUCCAAAAGUUGCUUGGAAAGUGACUUUUUUCGAAGAAUCAAAUGGAUUGCAUUUUGCAAAAAGGAACCACUGGCAUUGCAAUGUUGCUAAGAUUGUGCAACUUCU